AUGGUACGAGGAUUCCCUUUGAUGAUGGUAGGUUUGGGACUCUUUAGUCUUUGCAAGUUAUUUUAUCCAUGCGGUCGUCCUUCGAGUAGCCAAGUUAGUUACACGAUAAACUUUUGUGCGCAGGAAAUACUACAUAUCAGUAUCGAAGAUACUUUCAUCCUGCAGAAACACCCUCGCAAAACAGCCACGAGAAAAGCUUCUGAAAUGGCUACAAACGAGGUCACUAAAGACAAGCAAUUCACUCAUCUACCUAGACCCGAUGUUGGGUUGUGCCACAUGCCGCGUGCGCACCGGGAGCAUUCCCAGGUAUCAGCAUUUUACUCUACAGAGCUUAGUGAUGGAUUGCCGAGUAACACACCUCAACCCAUGAUGCAUCUAUCACAGAUCCCCACAAUAGGCAAUUGCCAUACUGCGGCGUGUUCAAACCCUUGCAACGUCUUCUUUUUUUUUUUUGGCAUCCCAAUCUGGAUGGAAGCCUGA